AAGCACUUGAGUAUUCAAUUGUACUACAAUUCCCAAAAUACAUUUGUGGACGCUCUGCCCACUGUGACUAUUGCUCCGAUUCUUUGAAACUUUCGCGGCCGGGGUGCCCACGCAAAAGCCGAGAUGAUUCACUAUACUUCCUUCAGCGCCCCAUAUACCUCUACAUGAAGAAAUAAUUCUUCAGGCGAUGAGAUCGAAUGUUUCAGGCAGUCUGGAAAGCGAGCCGUGCAUCCCGGUGCAAUGCCACGAAGAUACCUCGCUCUGAUGGCGUGCAUUAGCGUUAAGGCAGCUACCGCCUCGCUCGAUGCUGUUCCCCCACCGCAGCUACGUGUCCUGCGCCUCUCACAUGUCUUGUCAUAGAUUAAAGUUCUCGUCCUUGGGGUACCUGCAUGGCUUAUCGCGAUUCACUGUCAUUACUUUACCACGUAAGGCUCUGCAAGGAAGCUAUAUUAUCCUCAUCUUCUCCAGAGACACGUUGCCUCGUCCUACGGGUGAUAUGUACAUGAUGACGCAAGCCCAGGGUGAUCAAAUUUUUUCCGCAGGACGACGGGACGAGUCGGGAAGGUAUACGCCGACUGAAUUCGUGACGUCGCAACCGAGUCACCGUCGGAUAGCUGCGCCUCGUGCAACAUUCGGGCAUGACAUGCCAUUCGGCAGGUUGCAGCACUGCCAGUGGUUUAACUAUUACCUCAUGUCCAUAUGGAAUUGGGAGGUGUCCAAUUGGAAGCACCGCUCUUUUGGGCAGUUUGGAGUUGUAACCGGGAUGUUGAGAUGCGGCACGCCAUGGGGACCAUUUCAGAUAUAUUGGAUUACGGUGACUCGACGGGGACCUUGUGAAAGGCAGUCGAACUGGUCGUAUAUAAUAGGAUUGUACACUGGAAUCAGAAUGGAAGAGUUUUUGUAG